UGGCCCCAGCAGCGAGGUGCUGCUGGAGAGAACGGCCCGGGGCGGAGGCGAGCGGCCGGGCUGCUAGGCUGAGCGGCGGGAGGCUCCGCUCCAUGGACAAGGUCCCCUGCGGGCCUGAGCCGGCCGGAGGCUGAGCCAGCCUCGCCGCGGGCUCCGGCAGCGGCUGCCGCCUCGGCGUGGAGCAGCGGGCGCAGAUCGUCUCUGCGGGCUGCUAGCCGAGUCCCGGCCCUGCCGCCAGCCGGGCGGGCGGGCGGCCCUUGCCUGCUGUUCCCCCCGGCCCGCAGCCAGGUGGGCGGACCCUCCCUCGCUCCCCCCGGCUGUGGCUGAGCGGCUGGGGGCCUCUCGGGACCUGGCGGGGGAACAUGCCGGAGGCGCGGGUGAAUUUUAAUUCCUAGUUUGCCGUCCCCGCCUCCUCCCUUUCCGUCAGCCUCCCUUCCCCCGCCGCGGGGGUGUCUGUAGGGGCUCGGUGCUGAGCGCUCUCGUUCGGGCGGCGGCGGGCCGGGCCUGCCCAUGGGCGGCAAGCAGAGCACCGCGGCCCGCUCGCGGGGGCCCUUCCCGGGGGUCUCCACCGACGACAGCGCCGUGCCCCCGCCCGGGGGGGCGCCCCACUUCGGUCACUACCGGGCCGGCGGCGGCGGCGCCAUGGGGCUGCGCAGCCGCUCCGUCAGCUCGGUGGCUGGCAUGGGCAUGGACCCGAGCGCGGCCGGCGGGGUCCCCUUCGGCCUCUACGCCGCGGCGGCCCGGGCGGCGGGCGACCCCGAGCGGGCCCCGGGCGGCGGCGGCGGCUCGGGCGCAGACUCCACCUACGCCCAUGGCAACGGUUACCAGGAGACGGGAGGCGGUCGCCAUGGAGACGGGAUGCUGUACCUGGGCCCGCGAGCCUCGCUAGCCGACGCGCUGCCCCUGCACAUCGCGCCCCGCUGGUUCAGCGCGCACAGCGGUUUCAAGUGCCCCAUUUGCUCCAAAUCUGUGGCUUCCGACGAGAUGGAAAUGCACUUUAUCAUGUGUCUGAGCAAGCCCCGCCUCUCCUACAACGAUGAUGUGCUGACUAAAGACGCGGGCGAGUGCGUGAUCUGCCUGGAGGAACUUCUGCAGGGGGACACGAUAGCCAGGCUGCCCUGCCUGUGCAUUUAUCACAAAAGCUGUAUAGAUUCGUGGUUUGAAGUGAACAGAUCUUGCCCAGAGCAUCCUUCUGAUUGACCUGCUGGGCAUGCCUGCUGACUUCUCUCUAAGGGCACCUUGCUGUACCUGCCAUUCAUCCUCUCCCCUUCCCACCCGCCCCAGCCAGAGUUUCAGGCUGACUCUUCAACUCCUCAAAAACCAGAAACUUGAAUCCACUUGGAUGCUGCCAAUUUUUUUUUUUUUUUAAUUUAAAGGAAAAAUCAAUACAGGUGAGCCUGUCCCUGCAAGCAGAGCUGCCUUCUCUCCAUACUUACACCUCCACCGCCACUGACAUGGGGGGAGAAGAACCUGCUAAGCAAGGGAGAGGAAGCAGGAGCAGUGAAUUGCGACCCUGAAAUGAAAUUCCGUCAUGCUGUUUGGCUUAAGGGCCUUUUCUUCCAGCCGUGAAAGGAAAGCUGACCCAGGAUGGAGCUGUCAUGGGCCGACUGGAGCCCGCGUUAUUUAUUCCUAUUGAAACCCAGGUGAAUUCCUGUAUCCCUAGCGAGCGCCUCCGCGCUGGGCCGGGCCUGGCACCGCGAGCCCCGCUUACUUUUGCACUGACUACGGAUUUUUUUUCCCUUUGAGGACACCAAACUGUAAUCAGCCGAACAUGACAGGAGACGAACAGUCCCCAGCAACGGGGGCAGCUUCUGUUCACCUGCCGGAGGCGUUGUAGGUCUGUCUUUAAAGUGUUUACAAAAAAACAAAACAGUUCAGUGUCGACUGGUGUGUUUGCCUGGUGAUGUUUACGGACUGACCGCUCUUGAACUGGGCUAUUACCGCUCAGUGACUGAAAUAGCCAGAUGCCACCCAAAAAGCUUUCAUCCCCUCACCGGCCUCCUCCCACUCAGCCUCAUGAUAGUGGCCAAAAAAGGAUUCCUUAUUUCUUUUGAUGAGUCUCCACUGAACUUUCCCCUCCUUUUGUGUGUGUGUGUGUAUAAGGGGGAGGGGGAAGGUUUCAUUACAGUUAAAGGUUCUAAGUCACAAGCAUCCUGCAGAGAUGCUGGAUCCUUUUUAUUAGAUCCACGUGGAUUUUUUUUGUUCCAGACAGAAAAAGGAAAGAGAUUGGAUUUUAUUAAAGCAAACACACACACACACCCCACCACCUGCUGUUGAGGAGAGCAGCACAUGGGAGGAGCGUUUUAGCCAUGGCAAAGUUCCCAAGCGGUGGGCUUGGGCCCUGCCGGAAAGAUUUCUGUAUUUAUAUAUUAAAAAAAAAAAAAUUAAAAUAAAAAAAAUUGUUCAGAGCUUGGGGUGGGAGGGGAGCUUUCUUCAUUAGUCUAGGUGUUUUGAUAUGGUAUUAAAAUACUGUUCAAUAAC